AUGGCUUGGGACCACCUGUCUAUCACCAAGCCACACUUGGUGUAUAUUAUCCUCGGUGGCUUCACCAGCCUGUUCAUGCUCUGCUCCUCGGUGAUCAAGGAGCGAGCCUACAUCGGUGAAGCAACCGUCGCCACUCUUUGUGGAAUCAUAUUCGGGCCUCAUGCGGCCGACCUCAUAAACCCCAUGUCAUGGGGCAGUACCGACAUCGUGACCAUCGAGUUCUCCCGCAUUGUCUUGGUCGUGCAGUGUUUCGCCAUCGGCGUCGAACUGCCCAAGUUCUACAUGGAGAGGCACUGGAAAUCCGUCGUCUUCCUCCUUGUCCCGGUCAUGACCUUCGGGUGGCUCAUCACUAGCCUGUUUGUCUGGUGGAUGGUGCCCACGCUGAACUGGCUCGAGAGUCUGGUCGUCGCAGCCUGCGUGACCGCUACCGAUCCUGUCCUUGCCUCCUCGGUCGUUGGCAAGGGAAAGUUCGCCAAGCGUGUGCCGAAGCAUUUGCGAGACCUCCUGUCCGCCGAGUCGGGCUGCAACGACGGCAUGGCCUUCCCAUUCGUCUACCUCUCCCUUUACCUGAUCCAGGACAAGCUCUCAGCCAAGGAUGUCACCUUCCACUGGAUUGUGUACACUAUCCUCUACGAGUGUAUCUUUGGCGCCGUGUACGGCUUUCUUAUUGGCUAUUUCGCUAGGCAUGGCAUCAAGUACGCUGAGAAGCACGAUCUGAUCGACCGAGAGAGUUUCCUUGUCUUCUACUUUGUGCUGGCCCUGUGGUGCGCCGGGUCAGGCAGUAUCCUGGGUGUUGAUGAUCUUUUGGUCGGCUUUGCGUGCGGUGUGGGAUUCUCCAACGACGGUUGGUUUACGAACAAGACCGAGGAAUCCCACGUAUCCAACGUCAUCGACUUGCUCAUCAACCUGGCAUACUUUGUCUACUUUGGCACAAUCAUCCCCUGGGAGCAGUACAACAGCGCGGCCCUGGGUUUGACGCCGUGGAGGCUCGUCGUCAUAGCGAUAUUUGUCAUCUUCUUCCGCCGCAUCCCCAUCAUGAUGGCACUGAAGCCGUUGAUCCCAGACAUAAAAACGUGGCGCGAGGCCCUGUUUGCCGGCCAUUUCGGCCCCAUCGGAGUCGGCGCAAUCUUUAUCGCCAUCCUUGCACGCGGCGAGCUGGAACAUGACGAGCCCGUGCCUCUGUCUGACGUGCCAACCGAUGUGAACACUCCGCAUUUCUAUCUGCUCACUCUUGUGUGGCCGAUAGUUACGUUCAUGGUCAUUUCGUCCAUCAUAGUUCACGGCUCAUCUAUAGCUGUCUUCACGCUCGGCAAGCGGAUCAACACCCUGACCAUCACCAUGUCGUACACAACGGCUCCCGAGGAUGGACCAUCUUGGAUGAACAGGCUGCCUAGGAUAUCAUCUCAAUCCAAGUCGCAAGCCAGGACCAUGUCAGACACUGAGGGUGAUGAACUCAAAAUGCCCGACUAUCCCCCGGGAACCUUGCCUCCAAUUGGAUAUCCUGGCAACUUCUUGAGACGUCAGAAGGAGGAAGAUCAGCCGAGCCGACAGGGAAGCCGCGCAUCGUCACUUGCAGCACGCAGACGCAGGAAGAAGUGGGAUGACGGCGUCGGUCCCGGCGGCCCCGUGUCUCAGUCGGCAAUCUUCCCGCAACGACGAAGCCAAAGCGAGCAGACAUCGACCACUCUGCGUGACAGCCACUCUCCACAUGACCAAGACAAGGAGACCCCCACAGCGUCUCGCAGGGGCUCAACCAUGGAGGAUCCCGAGAAACGUGCUGCUAUAGAGAGGGCCGAGGAUGAAGCCGAGGAAGAGCUGGAGAAAGAGGCCAGUCAGGAGGCAGCAGAGAGAGAACGGUCGGGAGAAGCAGGUGGUUCUCAUCGCAGGCAAUCCGAGAUUGAGAUUUACGACGAAGGCGAUCACAUCAUUGUUGAGAACCGCGACGGUGACGUGAUCGCUGUCGAGGCCCCAAUCGAGGAGGAAUACAAGGAACACAAGGUGCAAGACCUGAAAGAGAAGCUGGAGAAGGAGGCGGGACCGUCUCAAUGGACUUACGAUGGGCUGAAGAAGAGGAUUGGUCAUUGGCGUGACGAGGAGGUGCAGAAGCGGAAGGACAAGCAGAAGAAUGAGCGCCGCCACGAGCCAGCCCGCGCGUACCAGUUCGGCAACACCAUUAUUGUCGAGGACGAGGACGGCGAGGUCGUCAAGAAGUACGAGCUGCCAUCCCAGAAGGGUGAGGGCAGCGGUGCGAUGAGCCAGGGACUCAAGUACAUGGGCAUGGGAGGCCUGAUCAAGGGCACCCCGAAGCCAGACGAAGCCGGCGAAUCCAGCGCCACAACUGCUGAGGCGCCUCAAGGCCGGCCCAGGUCGGACAGCAAGCCCGGCGUAGCCCGCAGGCCGACGUGGGUCGAGGCCCUGGGAGGGCGAGGCGGCGAGGCGCAGAAGGAGAAGAAGAAGAACGUGGCCGAGCAGGAGAUGGAGGACGACCUCCACAUCCGCUUCACCAUCGACGGCGUGGGCCAGCGCAUGACCAAGGACAACUUCAUCACGGAGGUGCGCAAGCUGGACAAGAGCACGCGGCGCGAGGUCAUCGAGCAGUCCACGGCCUCGGAGCGCGUCAAGACCCUGGCGAAGCAGGAGGCCACCACGCCAGGCACGGCAGGGACGGAGCCCAAGUCCGCUCGCGGCAAGGCCAUCAGCUCGCCCCAGCCGGCCGCCGGCAGCUCCACCAAGCCGGGCAGCUCCUCGCGGAAGCAGAAGGCGCCCGCCGCCCCAGCCGCGAUGGCCGGCGGGCUCUCACCCGACUCGGCAGACAACGACACCUCGCGCGAGAGCUCGUCCAAGGCGGCAGCCGCGCGCCGCGCGUCCCCGCCCGGCUCGUCAUCUUCCUCCGGCAACGUGUCGCCUGGGGAGCGGCGGCACAGCGACGACGCGCCGAGCCACGACGAGCCGGAGACGGCGGUCGAGCGGCGCCGCAGGCUCGCGGUGCUCAAGGGGCUCGGCGGCGGGGAGGGCGACGAGGAGGAGGGCGAGGCCGCCGAGACGCCCGCCGAGAGGCGGCGCAGGGAGGCGGCACUCGGCGCGGGUGGCGAUGCGGAUGACGAGGAGGACAGCGACGACGACGACACGCCCAGGGUGCCCCCUGCGCGGCGAGGUCAAAACCAGCCAGCGACCGAACCGAGCGAGGCAAGCUACGUCGACGUCAAAACCAAGGACGCCGACUCCGACUACGACUUUGUCGACGACUUCGACGCCGAAGCCAAGAUGGUGCAGCUUGUCGAGGUAGAGGACGAGCACUUCCAGCACGCCCAGGAGGGCCCUGUGGAGGACGAUGGCGACUUCACCGAUACUGACUCGGAAAUCUCCAACGACUCCGACUACGACCCGUCGCAAGAGACCCUCGCGGAGCGGAUCUCGGCCCUGCGCGACAUCAUCCCGCCGACCACGCGCUCCUGGUUCUGGAACAAGUACCAGGCCACCCACCGCGUCGUCAAGGGCGUCAUCUUCUUCGCCGGCCGCUCCAUGUGGUCCAUCUCCGUCUCCGCCCUGCUGAUCGGCGUGCCCUUUGCCCUGUGCUGGGCCGAGGAGCAGCAGGUCAUCGCCAUGGAGCAGGAGGUGCGCAUGCGCGAGAUGGGCGCCGACGUGCUCACCGCCGGUGGCGCCGGUGGCGAGGGCAGCACCGCUGAUGUUGUUGGCCAGGCCCUGGGCAAGGAGGGUGGCGUCGAGGUCAAGGCUGCUGGCCUGUGA